AUAGCACACGCAUAGAAGGAACAUGGCUGAGAUCAUACUAGCACUAGUGGUGGGUCUAGCCCUAUCCCAAACCACCUCACACGGCGCAGCAGCAGCACCACCACCACCACCAAACACCACCGUCGACUUCCUGGAGCCCCACAACCAAGCAAGAGCAGAAGUGGGGGUGGAGCCUCUGAAAUGGAGCGAGAAGCUAGCCAACGGAACGAGCCUACUGGUCCGGUACCAGAGAAACAAGAUGGGCUGCAACUUCGCCAACCUGACAGGGAGCAAGUACGGGGGGAACCAGUUGUGGGCGAGUGCGUCGGCGGGUGUGACGCCGCGAGAGGCCGUGGAGGCGUGGGUGGCGGAGAAGAAGUAUUAUGAUUAUGGGAAUAAUUCGUGUACGGCGGCGGAGCACAAGUGUGGGGUGUAUACGCAGGUGGUGUGGAGGAAGACAGUGGAGGUGGGUUGUGCACAAGCCAGGUGUGUGAAGGAAGACGCUAGUUUGACUGUUUGUUUUUAUAAUCCUCCUGGUAAUGUUAUUGGUGAGAGUCCUUAUUAGAGAGAGAGAGAGAGAGAGAGAGAGAAUGAAUGAUGUUGUGUUGAACACACACCAAAAAUCUUAUUAAUAUUAUCGAAAUCACCAGAUCUUUUACAAUAUUUAGCAUGUAUAGUUGCAAAUAUUUAUCAAGAGUUGGUGAUUAUGGUCUAUCAAUAUUUCAGUGA